AUGAGCGCACGUGAGUGCCAGCUGGAGCGCGCGCUGUCGCGCGGCGAGGCGCUGGCGGCCGACAAGCAGCGCAGCCAGGCGGAGCGCGAUGGGCUUGCGGCGGAGCUGAGGUCCAGUGCUGACCUGCGUGAGACCCUCAAGGCGCGCAAUGAUGAGCUGGCGGCAGAACUGGGGUCCAUAAGGGAGGCGGCCGCGGCCAAGAAGGGCAGCCCCCUGCGCUGGCGCCGCCCGGCAAAGGCGUCCACCCCCGCACCCACUGCUGACGGCGACGCGGACGCGCGGGACGGCGGCGCCUCCUCCCCGGAUUUCGGGCCCAUGACCAAGCAGCGCGCACUGUUCGGCAGCGGCAAGGGCAGCUCGGGCCCGGCCGCGCUCGCGGCACGGGGCGCGCAGCAGCAUCCGACCGCGGCGCCGGGCCUGGCUCUGGCGGUGCGGGGCGCCCCCAUCAGCAGCCAGCACUCGAGCGACGUCACGGCGCACGUCACCGCGGGCGCGCUGCAGGGCGCAGCCGGCCCCGCCCUGGGCCUCGACGAGUCAUGCCUGGCGGCCGCCCCCGGCCACCCGCCCGCGCCCCUCUGCAGCCGCAGCCCGGAGCUGUCGGGGCCAAAGGGCCCGCUGGCCGCGGGCCGCGCGGGGGCGGGCGGCCGCAAGCUUGGCGGCGCGGCGGUUGGGGGGUCGCCGCGCGCUGGGGAGGGGCAGGGCUUCCUGGGGGGCCUCUUUGGCUGCUUCUCACCGCCGCCCGCGAUGCAGCCGGUGGCGGCCGCGUGA